AUGUCAUUUCCCUUGAUUUGCUAUUCAUUAGCCAACUGCUUCGCUAUCGCUAUAUUAGGAAAUGUAAUGCUGAUUCACUUUGUGAGUGGUGGGGAUGAUACCCACGUCCGAAAGUGGGUUGGAAAUAAUUUCUCCUCCAUGUGGGAUGCGAUCGCCGAUAGUAUGGCUGGGAAACAUCACCUGUACUAUGAUAUCGAUUUAUACAUGGGAGAACGCAUAGAAGUACUCUGUCCUUCAUAUGACGGUCAUAAAUCUGUACUUAAACCCCUUGACGAAGGCAUGUUCUACAGCUCGGAUGCUUUUCAAAGCAAACUAGACGUUACUGAUGCGGAUGGUAAUUACCACCCUUUGAGCAGGUUGAAAAUAAACAUUAGUGAUGGUUUCCAUAAUCUGAGCAUUAAAAAGUUACAGGAUGAAAAAUGGGAGAUCAUGUUUCCGAAAAAACCGACGUACUUAACCAUGGAAACACUAUUUUUCGAUUGCAUCGCCACUUCUGAUUCAGCAACCCUUCAUACAGCCACACUCAAACUCAACAUAAUGCCAGAGUACUAUGGAGGCAAGGGAACGCAGGAACAGAUCAAUUUUCUCACCAACACAUUCGCUCCCGACGGCGCACGGGGUACCUACUUCAAGUUCCCAAGGCCCGGCUCCACAUGCUUUCUAACGUGUAAGGCGGAAGAGAAGAAGUCUACAUCUCCAAAAGGGCUAUUUAUCUCUGGGACGCAAAAAUCGAAGGUGCAGAAGACCCAUAUGAUAGAUUAUGAAGAGGAAUUUUAUGGUAAAAAGCUGCAUGAUAUAGCAUUCGAAUACUGCGAUACGUUCGGGUUUAUGGUCCUAGUGAUAAUUUUACAAGACGAAACGCAAGUUGUGGGCGCCAAUUGGUUGGCACCGCAGCACGAUACGCAUGAAGUUUUGAAAACGAAAUUUAACACACUAGAAAGUGCUGUACUUAAUUUAUACUGUGGAAAUCACUGCAAUGACAUGUAUCCAAAAAACAUUCCGCAAGAAUUUAUAGUGGAUGUUAGCUGGACAUUGCGUGUUCACCAAUUCCUUAACAAUCUGAUAGUGAUUCGUCGAUCACAGAAGAGCAUCACAGUGGAUUUCAGCCGUUAUAAUUCAUAUCGUUUCCAUGAAGCAAACUGGUAUUCUAGUACAAGCGUUGUUAGUUUUGCACAUUCGGUGGAUUUUACUAUAAACCCCGUAUGCGAUUUUAAUAACCCAGAGUCCCUCGACAUGGAUGGUAAAACUUGUUCAGUGCACAUUUUGAAGGGUCACACCAUUAUUAUAAGGGGUGCAAAUAUUAACGACGAUGAUAUUUACAUGCUACCUGCGGAGGGAGACGGGUUUUUCUGGCGUAAAGUCACAAAACCAGAGAUGGCAUGGAAUGAUCAUACAUUUGAGCGCGUUAAGACGGAAUCACCGGCUGCCGAAACCUUUGAUGAGUUGGGACCAACGGCUGGUUCUUAUGGUCUUAAAUUCAAUGACGUAACUACAACAUACAAUCCUUUAUACUACAUAUGGAGUAAAAGCACAGAAGAUGACGGUAAAAACCCCGACAAAAUUGCUAUGGUUUAUUACGCCGACGCUGCCUAUAUCGUUAAACCUGAUAUGGACUUAAAAAUGGACGGCAGCCAAAAGAUAGAUGGUAAUUCGCCCGCUGGUUCCAAGAUGUACCAUGUUGUCAGUAGGGGAGAUAAAGGCCUGCAUUUUCGUUGCAGCGAUUUCUUUAAUAGUGACGGAGGGGCCGAAUAUAUUCUAUACCCACAAGGGAAGAAUCUAAUUUACUCAAAUGUAGAGAACAGGCUUGCUGACCCAACCAAGAUACCGACAGCUCAAUUCCAGGAGGAAUACGCAACAGCCGGCGUAAGCAUGUACAAAGCGCCAGAAUCAACCAAGAAAUACGACCUGGAAAUUGUAUUUGAACGUGAUAAGGUCAUAUUUGCGCUCUACAAGAAGCCUCUGUACUUUAUAUGCGCCAGAAAAGACUGGGAUAAAUCUAAGCAUUCUUACGUCAUUAUUGGAAUUGAUCCAUUCUAUCAACAGAAGCGUAUCUACGGUUGUGGAACUAAGCCUGAAUUCUUCCUCAACAACGAAGGCGAAACCAACAGUGAACAAAAUUGUGAAUUUACAAUCGAUGACAAUCGGACAGUUGGAUUCUUUUGCCCCAUGCCCAUUCCCAGCCAUUUUCUUGAAGGAGACCAGAAAAAGUGGGCACCUGCCGAUGGUGAUGCGAUCGCAACCACUAACCCCUAUAAAAACAUGAUACAAUGCUACGAUCGCACCACAUUCUUUCAGAGGCUAUUUAAAUGGAAGGUUGAUAUAGGAUUAUUUGCCACACCUCAUAACGUUGGGGAGGUUCGAUCACUAUGGAUUUUUAAUCGAGGCCAAUUCAUCAAAAACGGCAAACAGGCUAUAACUCAGGUUAUAUGUCAUUGCUUCAACGCUGAAGGACGCAGCGUGGCGAGCAUCAAAGUGUCCCCUGAGUUUAGGAAAAUGGCAACAUAA